AUGACAGAGAGUCAGACGGGCGUCCUGAAACUUCCGUCUGUGUCUCUGUCAGAAUAUCAUGAUAUUCUCAAGAUGUAUUUCUUCAAAAUUAAUCUGAUAAACGAGGAAAACUGCAUGCAUAGUUUUGACGCUGCCGAGAUGAUGCAGCUUGAUCCUAUCAAAAAUCUCUGUAAAAUCUACUUGAACCAAAGUAUCGACCUAACUCCUGAGAAUUGUUUAAUUUGGUGGAGAGCCCUGAAACUCUACAAUUUUCUUGAUUUAUCCAAACGGGCGCUUUUCUGUUUGACUGAUAACUUGGCUGAUUUUGUUAAAACGGAAUAUGUUAUUCAGCUGUCAAAGGCAGAACUUUUUGAAAUAAUUUCCAAAGAUGACUUAACCUGUAAAGAAGAUGACAUUCUGAAAGUCGCCAUGAACUGGAUUGAACAUAAUAACCCGGAGCAGGAGGACGUCCAGAGUAUUUUUGAAAAUGUGCGACUGGAUAUUGUUGGCCAACAAUUUCUUGUUAAUGAGGUAGCGGUUUCAAAGAUAGUGUUUGAGAAUGGCGCUGUGAGGGGAAUGAUACAAUAUGUUUUAUGUUCAGCCCAGCCACGACAUACAAGCACAACGAGGUUUGUCGCCAACCGACCUGAUGUGUUCGUACUACACCACACAGGCAAAACACUCCUGUCUUGGUUCACGUCGGAAGAGAAGUGGGAAGACGUCUCGCCAGCCCCACUAGAUCCUGGAUGGGGUUAUUCAGCAGCUUGUUUGGAUGACAAGAUCUACAUCACUGGUGGUUUUAAACAAGUUAAAUGUACACUGGUGUAUGACACCAUUAGAAAAGUGUGGAGCGUAGGUCCAGACCUCAACCGUGAACACUUCUACCACUGUACAGCCGCAGCUAGUUCUAAAGUGUAUGUAAUAAGUGGUUUUUUGACCAGUACAAUAGAAGAGAAGAGCGAAAGUGAGACGCAGUGGCAGGUGGUUGGUGAUUUGAGAUUGUAUAGAAAGCGUGCUUUUUCUGUUACAGUUGGUGAGGACAUCCUCGUUAUGGGAGGACAAGUAAACUACAUCUGGUUAAAAUACUACAACCGAUCAGAUCUCAUCCAGUGUUUUAACACUACAACCCGCGCUGUCACCAAUCUGAAUACAAAGUUGCGCUGUAUCACAUAUACACUAAGAGGAUCUGUUCACCUCCCAGAUGUAUAUCUGAUGGACAGUAAUAGCAACGUGAUGCACAUCCAAGUGACUGACAGAAAUGGAGAAAUCCAGAUUGAGAAUACACUAACAGCUAAGUUUAUGUCAUUUGGUAGUUAUUUUGGUAUCGUUCACCGACAUGGAAAACUGUUGCGUUUUAGUAACGAUGGAAUCAUGAAAUUCAACCUGGCUGAAAGGAAAAACGAAGAGAGUACAUUCCCAGAACCACCCAGAAUUGGCGACGUGUACGGCGUCCUGAUAAUUUGA